GAAGAAGAAGAAACACAACACAUGCAGAGGAGCCGAGACUGCUGUGGGGGCACAAACAGCGCACAGACUAAAUUGGUUCUAUUAGUAAUAUUAUUUAAGGGCUUUGAUAAUGGAAAAGAGGAAGAUUAUUCCCAUAGCAGAAGCUAUGAAAAAGAUUAUGGAAAGCGACGAAGAGCUGUCCGGAGCAGAAAGCUUUCACACCGAUGAGGAAGGCUAUUUUGAUGACUGGCAGUGUCCGUUUACGGACAGUAGCGACGAUGAUGAUGACAUUACCUAUACGCCGCAAAAAUCACAGAGGAGAGGAACUCCUCCACAUUUGAGAAAACUGGAGAGCCCCAGAAAAUCUGAAAAUCCGAGACCAAAAGUGAAGCGCCCAAGAUCACGCUCCCCACACCCUUCAACACCUGAACAGCCCUGGAAAACGCACACCGAUCCAGAUGUGGGACCCAAGCUCCCCAGAUUUGUCCCCGCCAGGCCCCCGGGAGUGCAACUGGAUAAAUCAAAAGUGUACAGUCCACUUGACUUGUUCCAGCUUUUUUUCAACAAUAAUGUCGUCAGACAGUUAUGUAGCAACACCAACAAGCAAGCUAGAAAGAGGCUAGCACAAGGGCUUCAGUUCAAAUGGGUUGAUGUUACCCCCCCCGAGUUCCUAAAGUAUAUCUCACUCGUUAUUUUCAUGGGACUCUUAAAGCUGGGAUCAGUAAAAGCCUACUGGAGACAAAAAAACAUUUUCUCAGUGCCAUUUCCGAGGACGGUGAUGCCAAGGGACAGGUGGCUCUUCAUUUCCUCAAACAUACACAUGAGCGAUCCGGCCGAGGACAGCGUGAAUGACCGCAAGAAGGGCACGCCGGACUAUGACCCGCUGUUCCGUCUCAAGCCUCUGAUGGACGAAAUCAAGGCGGCGUGCAAAUCUUUCUAUCAGCCAAAGAAAAAUCUGUCAAUUGACGAGAGGAUGGUGGCAACAAAGGCAAAAACAGGGAUGACUCAGUAUAUGAAAGACAAGCCAACGAAGUGGGGGUUCAAACUGUUUAUCCUGGCUGACUCUGCAAACGGAUACACGUCUAACUUUAAUGUGUACACAGGGAACGCAAAAUCUCAAACAACCUCCGGACAUUCAUAUGAUGCAGUUGUGGCCCUCCUAGACAAACCAAUUUUGGGAUGUGGCUAUCACAUCUACUGCGAUAACUUUUAUACAAGCCCUAAGCUAUUUCAACACCUGUCUUCUUUGAACUUUGGCGCCUGCGGUACAUAUCGAGAGGGCAGGAAGGAUACUCCGAAAUCCACCGUGAACGCCAUCUCCAAAAAGUCCCAAAGAGGCUCCAUCAGAUGGAUUCGAGACGGUAACCUGCUCUUCGUCAAGUGGAUGGAUGCGAGAGAGGUGUCCAUCUGCUCGACAAUCCAUCAAGCCUACACGUCGGGCGAGGUGACGCGAAGACAAAAGAAAAGAGAUGGAACCUGGGAGUUCAUUAGCAUUCCAGUUCCCACUCCAAUACUGGAAUAUAACAAGAACAUGGGAGGUGUGGACUUGUCUGAUCAGCUCAUCCAGUACACCACCGCUCACCACAAAGUUAUGAGGUGGUACAAGACGAUGUUCUUACACUUUGUGGACAUCGCCGCAUGCAACAGCUACAUUCUCCAUAAAGAACUGUGUGCUGAACAAGAGACCAACCCGCUGACACACAGAGCUUUUAUGGAGGAGCUCUCUGCUCAACUUGCUCGGGUGCCUUUGGAAACCCAGUUUCCUGAGAUUACAAUGGUUGCAAACAAGAAGACGGAGCACAUACCUGUGCCCAUUGCCCCUUUGGACCCGGACAAACCUGAACACAGGCCUGCAGAUGUGAGAAAGUACUGUGAGCACUGCAAGGUGGGCAAAGGCUACAACAAGACCCCCUGGCAGUGUGGGGCAUGCAAGGUGCCCCUCUGCAACUUCUUAGAGAGGCCUUGCUUUGCUCAGUGGCAUAGCUGAGGAAAAAGCUUUAGACUGUUUGCACAAAUGGUGCAUUAUUUUCAUUGUUCUGUGCACAUUUUGUUAAAAAACACGAUUAACAUGUUUUAAGUUUAAACACUGGUCAAAAACCACCAGUUCAUGGGGGUAGUUAGUGGGUCACCAAGUAUUCUAUAUGCUAAACCACAACCAAAGACACUAACAUAAAAUACAGGCUGCAUUAUCAUCAUUAUAGUGGUAAUGAAAUGCCACAAAAAAGUAAAUUGCAACGAUCAAUUUGAUUGUACUGAUUUUUUUUGGGGGGGGGGGUCUGUGACUUGGGUUACAAAAAAAAGUUGAUUCUGCUGUGAAAAGAUACUAGAGAGUUUAUGUACAUGUAUGUAUGUAUGUAUGUAUGUUUAUGGUCUACAGCUGUUUCAACAGCCUUUCUGGACCCUUUAGAAACUAUGCGUGCAGGUCCUGUUUGUUAAAACUUGUUCUGAUUAAUUAUAUACUCUGAAAAGUGGACAAUGGAAAUGUAAACGCUUUUUGCCCUUUUAAUUACUUUGAAAUCCAUGUUCUUACGCCAGGAAAAGAGCCCUGAUAUUUUAUUUUUGCAAGCAAACAUUUGUUUCUCGUAUAAAACUUCUCAUUAAGAAAUGGCAACUGUGAAUGUUUAUCAAUGUCAUGUAUUACAGUACAGCUUUUUAUAUUUUAUUUUCAAAGUACAUGUCUUACUGUUUACCUUGUGUUUUCUGCUUGACUCGUCCUGCAGAGCAAACAAAGCUGCUAUAUUUUUGUUUUACAUUUUUACACUAACGUGCUGUUUCUUUUAUCCAAGCUGUUUUGACAGCCUGUCCCUCCAAAUAAAAAAAUAUUUUCUCAA